AUGAAAUUCGAAGAAUUCUUGAUGCAGCCCAGCGAUCCCGAGAAGCAAAUCACAAGAGCUGAUCUUCAAGAAGAGGUGACUGUGUUUUAUUUUAUGCACUAUCCCACAAUAACAAGAAAAACCAACUCAAUCAUAGGUUAUCUAGUUUUUGCAAAGAAACUACAAACCUGCCCACGACACGAAUCAAAAGAGGUGUAUAUUUUGUUCUUGAUGAAGCUGAGAGAAUUCUCAAGUGUCUUGUGGCUGCAGGUCGAGAAGCUGCAGGAAGAUUUAGAUGCCGAGGUGAAGCUGAGCAGAAUUUUGCAGUGUGCCCUGCAAGGGCCGGUUCAUUCUUGCGCCUGUUGCCUUUCCACUCUGCUUCCAUCUAAGGUUCAAGCGCUUCUUGCAGAACUGGCCACGGUGGAGGAAGAGAUCAUCUGGCUAGAGAGGAAAGUGCACGAGUUGAAGCUGAGGUUGUACCAGGAGAAGAAGCAUUCCAGGCGGCACAGGCGCCCCAAACAACUACCUUUUGGACCGGGGAAUCAAAUGGAAUUGGCUUCCAGAUCACAGGAUUUCCGAGAGCACAGCAAGUUGAGAUUUCUCAGACAAGGCAGGGCCUCUUUUGACUCUCCCAUGGAUGUUCAAAGCCCGUCUUCCAUCAACUCCGGUGGGGAAACAGCUGAAACUUCGACAAGUAGCAGAAGAAACCGUGGCCAUAACCAUUCAGAUAUAGAAAUUGCUGCACGGGAACCAAAUGAGCUCUCCGAAGAGCUGGUGAAGUGCAUGAUAGGCGUAUUUCUCAAACUGAACCAGGCUUCUGAGCACAGAAAAGGAUUAACCGUUGCUUCAAAGCAUCCUCUGUCUUGCAUGAACUCAAAAGGAUUCAUGUACAAGACCACGUUCAACUGCAAAGAACCUGCAUUCUCAUUUGACAACACAUCGAAUAUCGACCCAUAUGGCAUCUUACCAGACUUCGAUGGCCCUAUCAGAGAUGUUGGGCCAUACAAGAAUUUCAUCCAAAUCACUAGGAGUUCCCUGGACAUCACCCAAGUUUCCAAGUGCUUCCAAACAAGGGGGAAACUAAGGACUUUGAUGCGUAAGCUCUGCAAUGUGGACCUGACACCUUUGAGCUACAAACAAAAGCUAGCCUUUUGGAUCAAUAUUUACAAUGCCUGCAUAAUGAAUGCUUUUCUACAACAUGGAUUGCCCUCCACACAUGAGAAACUGCUGGCGCUUAUGAACAAGGCUGCAAUAAAUGUUGGGGGAAUAGUGCUAAAUGCUUUGGCCAUCGAACACUUCAUUCUCAGGCAUCCAUCUGAUCCCAAACAUAAGGGCCCAACAGAUGAGAAGGAAAUGCUACUACGGCACACCUAUGGCCUGGGGUACCCUGAGCCCAAUGUCACAUUUGCACUUUGCAGAGGCAGUUGGUCUUCACCAGCGUUAAGGAUCUACACGGCGAAGGAAGUGGCGAACGAGCUGGGAAGGGCAAAAGUGGAGUACCUGGAAGCGGCGGUGGGCGUAAUUACGAGCAAGAGGAAGCUGGUGGUGCCGAAGCUUCUGGAAUGGCACAUGAAGGAUUUCGCCGACGAUCUGGACUCGCUGCUCGAAUGGAUAUACAGCCAGCUGCCGCCUUCUGCCUCGCUCAAGAGGCUGAUGAUGGACUGCCUCUGCCUCUCCGCCGCCAAAUCCCUCUCCGCCAAGACGGGGGUCGACGUUCAGCCCUACGACUCCGAAUUCCGAUACCUCUUGCCCCUGUAA